AUGAAAGAAGUGGGAGAGGAAAGGAGAAUCUGUGACACUUCAAUGCUUGGACGGUAUGACUACAGAUCAGCAUUGAGAGCCCUAGUGAGUGUGUGGUCGGUGGUGGAGAGUGUGUGGAGGUCGACCAGUGCCCCUCAGAAGCUGCCCUAUCGCCCCCUUGCCCCGACAACCAAGUCUGCUGCAGUCUUCCUUCUCAGAGAAGCUUGUAUUCUGUUUUCCUAUCUGGGUGAACCAACAGAGGGAUCGUGCAACACUCCCACCAGUGCGUGUACCGCCAAGGGCGGCUACUGUAGCAACACAUGUGCCGUCAAUGAGAAUACGUUCUACAAUCUCUGCAACACUAAAGACUGCGCCUGCUGCGUUGCAAAGCCCUCGUGCAACACGCCCACCAGUGCUUGUACAGCCAAGGGCGGCUACUGUAGCGACACAUGUACCACAAACGAGAAUGCACUGUACAAUCUCUGCAACAGUGCAAACUGCUCUUGCUGCGUUAAAAAGCCAAUGUGCAGCCUUCCCACCAGUGCGUGUACAGCCAAGGGCGGCCACUGUAGCAACACAUGUACCAUUAAUGAGGUUCCUUACUACAAUCUCUGCAAUACUAUAGACUGCUCCUGCUGCGUUCCAAAGCCAUCAUGCAGCGCUCCCAGCAAUGCAUGUAAUGCCAAGGGCGGCUACUGUAGCAACACAUGUGGCCCAAAUGAGGAUGCAUUCUUCAAUCUCUGUUCGUCUAGCGUCUGCUCCUGCUGCGUUCCAAAGGCCUUGUGCAGCCUUCCGACCACCGCCUGUACCCUCAAGGGGGGCUACUGUAGCAAUACAUGUGGCUCAAAUGAGAAUGCAUUUCCGAAUCUUUGCAUGAGCAGCAAUUGUUCUUGCUGCGUAACAACGGUCGUGUAUAGUUCUGUGUCUGUGAGUGAAAGUGUCUAUGGGACUAUGAGUGUGUGUUUUUAA